CGUCUGUUUUCUGAUAUGCUCCGAUAUGGGCAAAAAUCUCUGAAGCCUCCGUCUCCCGUUCAAUUUCCCCAAAUUUAACAUCUUCGUCUUUUGGAGAGAUCAGUUUAUUCAAAAGAAAGUCAGUAUGGGUUCUGAAUCUGCGACUCCCCCAAACGUUUCAGAUGAUAAACCUCAAAACCAAGGUUCAGAGCUUCAGAAACCUAUGGAUGGAAAUGGGCAAGAUGUCAAGGGAGAGACUCAGAAAGAAACUUCAUCAAAAUCAGUGUUUGUGAACUCAGAACCGAUGAGAGAGGAACAAGUGCAAAAUGCUGUUAAAUUUCUAUCACAUCCCAGAGUUAGGGGUUCUCCAGUCAUCUACAGGCGUUCUUUCCUCGAGAAAAAGGGCCUCACAAAGGAGGAGAUAGAUGAAGCCUUCAGCCGUGUACCUGAUCCGACUCCAACUGUUACAAAUGUGCAGCCGGCUACCUCAAAUCAAGAUGGCCAGUUGAAGUCAUCUGCAAACAUGCAGGCACAAGUCCCUACACAAACUCCACAACCUGCAGCAGCUGCUCCUACGGGAAAUAUUGUUUCUACAGUGGCAACCAUGUCAAAGUCACGGUUUCAUUGGUCUCAUGCUGUUCUUGCUGUAGGUUUGCUUGCUGCUUCUGGAGCCGGAUCUGCCUUGUUUUUUAAGCAUGCUAUUGUCCCUAGGUUGAAGUCUUGGAUUAAAAAGGUUGUUUUGGAAGACGAAGAAGAACGUGAUGUUGUGAAGAAAAAUAAUUCAAAACCAAGUUUAGCUGAAGAAGCUGCAUUAGCUGCAAAGGCAGCUGCAGCAGCAGCUGCUGAUGUGGCCAGAGCAAGUCAGGAAAUGUUGAACUCCAAAAGUGAAGAGAAGAAGUACUUUGAGGCCUUCAGAAGUCUGUUGGAUGUCCAAGUAGAGGAAAUAAAGUCUAUGAGUAAUGCUAUUCGAAAAUUGGAAGCUACAAGUGACAUUGGUCUUUCAUCAAACAAGCAAGUAGUAGAACAUAUUCAAUCUGCAUCAUCGAAUGGGCCAACAAACACAUCUUGGAAGACCCCGCUGGCUGGCCAAGAAAAUUCUAGAGGUUCUGGUUCACUCACAAAUUCAAUGCAAUCGAAAGUGAAUGGUACAUCGGACUUUGACUUAGGCUCAGUGAGGCCUUCAUCAACACCUGCAUCUAUGGAGCCUUCAGUUGCACCACAUCCAAAAUCAUAUAUGGAGAUAAUGGCUAUGGUGCAACGAGGGGAAAAACCCCCAGGGAUCAGAGAGAUAAACGAUCUGCCUCCCAACCCUAAUCAACUACCGUCGAAUCCUCGAUUAGCACCUAGAGCAAAGCCAUGGGAGGUAGGUCAGGCUCAAAACAACCCCAGCUUUGGUUCUCUGUCCCAUACAAAUGGUGAAAGCUCGAGCUCCAAGGAACAAGAGAGCAGGUCUGGUUCUCAGUUGAAUGGUUACGGUUCAGAACCUUGGUGGCAACGGAAAAACGUGAGGAUCACAGAAAUUGAAUCUGAGGAUGAUCCAAAGACAACCUCAAAUGGCGCAGUUGGAGUGACUAAACAGCAGGUGCCUCAGCGUGUGUGGGUUCCACCCCAGCCACCGCCUGUUGCGAUGCCUGAAGCUGCUGCUGCAAUCCGACAGCCAAAACCCUUGAUUCAGAAAGAACAAGCAAGCAAUGAUCAGAUAACUGUACACCCUUCAGAUGACAUUGAUGAGUUACAGAAGGUCACAAAAAUCUCAGAAUCAGGAGGUCAACUGGAAAUCAAUGGUGAGCGUCCAACCCUGGACUCAUAUGAGAUACAGGAGCAGGAAAUAACUGCUGAAGGAAACUAAAAUGAGACCAGACUUCAAUCAGCCUGUGGUGCUACCCAUGACUUACAGCUUAAGCAACUUUCAUGCUUAAAUUAAUCACAGUGAUGGACAUGGUAUAUAAUAAUUUUGAUU